AUGACAACUAGACUAUCAAAAGAAACAAUUUCAUUUCUUUAUCAUCCAAAGUACUGGAAUAAGCCUCCUGGGGAAUGGGGAGUUAACGAUUGGGAUUUGUAUUACAUUAAAAAAGUACCUGAAGCGAACAGACGUGAAUCUCAUAAUUCGCUUGGAUCUGAGCUAAAAAUUCUUCUUGCAUUACUACCGGAAAAAGAACCCCAGUAUCAUGGGGAAUGUGCUGAUGGCACGUGUGGUGAAGCCGACAAUCUUCAAACCAACAUUGAUUUAUGGAAUGAUGAUAUGAAAAAAUUAGCGAAAUCGGAAGUUAACAACAGAGUGAACAUGCGUAAUCUAGAAAAUGUGGUAAUAAGUACGGGCAUAUCGGCUGGGAUUCAGCACUUUGAAACAUAUAAUUCUCAAUUGUUGAUUUCCCAACAAUAUGCCGGCAUGAGGUUUGAUUCGACGGAACAAGAACGAAAGAGAAAAGCAGACGAAAAUAACGAGGAAGCCUCUUCUCGCGAUCGUACAUCUCCUUUACGUGACGAUUUUUUUGAUGGUUAUGGCGAAAGCGAGGUGGAUGAUAGCGGAAUAAUUGAAUGGGAAUUUGACAGUGCAAUUCCAACAUGGCUUGAAAAAGGAAUGCUGUAUCAUAAAGAAUUAAUUUCGGAAGAUGAGGAUAAAAGAAUCAAAGAUUCAUCAAAGUCGAUAUGGUGGAGAAUUAUAGAUGGAUCAGAUUUAGAUGUAACCAGAGAAUACCUCUCAGAAGAAGAAUUUUUAGAAUUACAAGAGGUUUUAGCUAAUGCACUCGAAUUAGGAACUACAAUUAAUGAUUGGACAAUAUUGAAACCACAAGCAGAGAAGUGUUUACGAGAUUUAUCAAAGCUAAAUAACGAUCAGAUUAAAAUAAUUGGUGAAAAAGUUCUUCCCGAAGGAACACGCGGUGCAUUAGAAGAACUAAAAAAUUUUCUAAAAACGAGUUCCCAAGAAUUUGAUCUCGACUUUGGUGAACCAGUGUCUCGAGCUUCUAGAGCACGUCGUGACAAGGCUCACGAAGGAGAUGAGGGAUUUCAUCUGGAUUGGCUCUUUUGUAAUCAUGAAUUAGGAGCAAAAGAGUCUUGGGGCCGUGAAUUUUCUCUCUGCGAAAGAGCUGGUUCAGUAAUCGAUAAUACAAGGAAAAUUUUUUCUAAUACACUGAAGGUUAAAAAAACAUUAAGAGACAUGCACAUGUCAUUAAUGAAGUCUAUCGCAUCUGUUAGCAAUAAAAGGGUGUCAAAAGAAGUACUACGAUCAUUUCCGAAGUUAUUGAUGCCUGGGCUUAUUUCUUCACAUUUUUUUUUACAAGCAGUGUUAAUAGUAUAUGUUGGUGCUGGUUUUUAUGUUUCCACUGAUUUGGCCGAGUUAGAAAUUCCUACCGAUUAUAAUGAAGUUGAUAAAAUUUAA